AUGGACGCGAUUAUUGCAAAAGCUCAAGGAGCUACGCAUUCGCUGUCAUUAUGGGCAACAGGUCCAUCAAUUCCAUAUGCAAACUUCAGUGAGGAAAAGAUUCCGGAGGUUCAUGUACCACAGUCAGAACUUCUUAACAAAUAUGACUCCCUCACAAAAACAGUAAGGAUUACAGCAUACUGCUUGCGUUUCAUUAAGAAUUGCCAAUCAGCUAAGCGAGUUCAGGGAGAACUAUCAGUCUUAGAACUAGCUGAAGCAGAAAACAAGCUUGUAAAAAUACUUCAAGCUGGUCAUUACAACCGAGAACUUCACAGAUUGCGUCAAAAUCUGUCUCUUCCAUCAACGAGCAAAAUUCUCAGUCUAAAUCCAUUUCUAGACAAUGAUGGGAUUAUGAGAGUAGGAGGUAGAUUGGAAAAAUCGGAGCUUUCUUUUAAUCAGAAGCAUCCAAUUCUUAUACCUCACAAGACGCAUUUUGCCACACUCAUAAUUAGAGAUGCUCACGAGUCUACAAUACAUGGCGGCAUAUCCUUAACAUUAAACUACUCAAGAAACAAGUACUGGAUUCCAAACUCCAGGAAUACAGUAAAAACAAUCCUGGAUAGAUGUGUAUAUUGUUUUAGACAGAAGAGGCAUACCCCAAAUCAAUUGAUGGGAGAUCUCCCUCAAAAUAGGGUUACUCCUUCUUCUCCUUUUGCGUCAUGCGGUAUUGAUUUCGCGGGUCCAUUUUACACAAAGGCAUCAAAAGGAAGAGGAAUAACCAAAAACAAAGGCUACAUAGCUGUGUUCGUGUGCUUUAGCACCAAAGCUGUGCACUUGGAGUUAGUAAGUGAUCUGUCGACAGAAACAUUCAUUGCGGCUCUCAAGAGAUUUAUAGGCAGGCGAGGAAAACCUGCAAAUAUCUACAGCGAUAACGGAACAAAUCUCGUGGGAGCAAAGAACACUCUUGACAGUGAACUCAGAAAUGCGACCGAAACUGCCUCAAAAUCCGCUGCAAAAUAUGCAACGGACGAGGGUAUCCAAUGGCAUAUGAUUCCACCCGCAGCUCCACACUUUGGUGGACUGUGGGAGGUAGCGGUGAAGUCGACCAAAAAGCACUUAAAGGCAUUGAUGUCCGAUAUUUCACUCACGUUUGAGGAAUUUACCACGGUUCUAACAAGGGUUGAGGCAGUUUUAAAUUCUAGACCAAUUGCCCCCCUGUCGAAUGAUCCUAAUGAUCUGGCCACGCUGUCCCCGGGACACUUCCUGAUCGGAAGGCAAAUGCUUGCGCCCCCAGAGGAACUGGUUCAAGAAGAAAAUCCUUUGAAGAAAUGGAGGACAGUCACAAGACUACAACAGGAGCUUUGGAAAAGAUGGUCGCGAGACUAUCUUCAGCAGCUUCAACAAAGACACAAAUGGAAACAACAGAAGGAACCCAUCAAGGUUGGAGAACUUGUCGUGAUGAUAGACGAAAAUUCCCCUCCUCAGCAAUGGCCACUCGCCAGAGUGACUGAAAUACACCCAGGGGAAGAUGGGCUACCCAGAGUAGCAGAUAUCAAAACCAAAAUGGAUUAA